AUGUGUAUUCUAACAGCUGCGAAUUUACAGAAACUGGCUACGUGGAACCACCUCAGUGAAUCAUGGUACCUUGUUGCAAGUGUUGCAUUGACUGUUUGCAAUCAGCCACAAGAAAUUCCUAAACUGUACCAUUAUGCCAUGCAUACUAAAUAUAUGAACGAGCUACCCGAUUCAGUACUAUAUAACAAGGUUCUUACAAUUGUCAAUAAAUUUGAAACCAUAAAGGUCACUGGGGAUGAUAAAAACUUCAACCCUUAUGCUACGGAAAAUACCGCUGAGUAUUCGCAGAUGUACCGCACAACAGAUAAAAUGAGAGAGAGUAUAUUGAAAACGGCCGCCCUUUCCGGAUUACCCAGGUGUAUCAAUUCUAUGAUGAUCCUCAAGGAAACCACCCCAUUACCGUUAAGGAGCAACGUCGAUCGGAUCAAUAGGGCUCGUAUUAAAAAUUGGGACGACUACGUUAAAGUCCAGCAACGCGGUCGUGAAUAUUGGGAAAACGUGUAUACCAAGAUCAGCACCAGAGUCCAGGGACAAAUGCGUACAAGCUAUCCAGAUUUAUGGGAAUACACUAUAGAGAACGUGUACUCACCAUUACUCUCCUUUAACGAGGUUCUCACCAGUGAGGAGACUUCUCUUGCGGUAGUUGCAUCUCUUGUUCCUCAAAAUGUUGAACCUCAAUUGAAAGGACACGUUAAAGGAGCAUUAAAUGCCGGAAUUGCCGCAGAGAAGGUCGACGCCGCACAGAAAAUGGCCGCACAAAUAAAGGAGUGGUGUCACGUGCAAUGA